CGAGGAGCUAAUCGUAUCACCGAAUUUUGUCCUCUGAAGGCGUGUUUUGAGGUUGGAGCGGAAAUGGGUUUGUUUACAGUUGGUGGGUCGUUUUGACAGGGCCUCGGAGUUAAAGGGAAUAGUUCAAUGUUAUAGAAAAGCAUAUUGUUACCGGAACACGCGGAACUGUACUUUCUGCUACAACUGAACUGCUAACAGCAAUACUGUGGUUGCAUAAGCCGGGCUUCGGGAGGCUGUAAGCCCACCCUGAAGGCCUGGGGUUUUCCUGUUGAACGGCUUUACCGGUUGAGGGUCGUGCACCUAAGGAUUUUGAGACUGAUUCCAAGGUCGUGGAGUGGGGAUUGUGAUCACUCCAGUCUAGCAGCAUGACAGAACCCGUGGAUCAGCAGCCAGCAUCUGUAGUGGAUAUUAACCGAGCAGGGCUGAAAGAACUGGAGAGCGCAUUGUCCGGAAUUGGCAGAAGGCGGGCCCGAGCCAUAGUCCGAAAAAGAGGGGAACUAAAGGGAUUUACCUGUCUAGAUGAUCUUCUACAUGUAAAAGGCAUCACAAGGCGAAUCCUAGAACUCAACAAUGAGCGACUCACUUGCGGCGAGAAACAGUGCAAUGGAGAUAUGGACAGGGGAAGCACAUCUGUUACAUCAGCUUCCAGAAGAGCUUCAGUGUCCCUGGGUGAUGGUAUGAAUGCAAAUGCUUCAACUAGACAUGUCUUUGAGCGGCGAGGACAUCCCUCACAGGCAUGUGUAGAAGACAGUGGAGGGGAAGAAGACAAUGAAGUUCAAGCUCCCUGGGGAGAAGAAGAAGAAGAUGAUGAAGACGAUGAUGAAGAGGAGGAAGAGACUGACAGGUCUAAUGUUAGGGAAGAAGAGGAGGAACAGAGUGAUGGUGAAGAGAGGGAAGAGUCGAGUGAUAUAUAUUUCUAUUAUACCAGUGAUGAACGGUGGAUCGAUUAUCUAGAGAGGACAGAGGAGGGCAACCUGAUACGUCAUGUCCGACCAAAAAUGAAAAGAAAGUCAGAGAAUGGCCUUGAUGUGAGAGCUCUUUCUCCAGGGAAGAAGCUAUGCAAAGGCUCAGAGUAUGCAAGGAGUCUUGGACAAUGCAUCAAUACAGCCACAACAUUUGGAGACUUGCGGAAUGCAAAUCCUCAGGCCCACCACAGGAGGAGAAUCCCCUCAGUAGCUCCUCCUCCAGACUUACAGGAGUGGCUUCGAACUUUUCAGAGGUGGACUGGCCAAGAGAAACUGUUGGCUCUGGAUGAGCUAAUUGACUGCUGUGAACCAUCGCAGAUUAAGUACAUGAUGCAGGUUAUCGAGCCACAGUUUCAGAGGGACUUCAUCUCCCUGCUGCCCAAAGAGUUGGCUCUGUAUGUACUAUCUUUCCUGGAUCCUCGAGACUUGGUGCGAGCUGCACAGACCUGUCGGUACUGGAGGGUCUUAGCUGAGGAUAACUUGCUUUGGCGGGAGAAAUGCCGAGAUGAAGGUAUCGAAGAACCACUUUAUCUUAGAAGGAGGCGGAUGAUGACUCCCAGCUUCAUGUACAGCCCUUGGAAGUUUGCUUUCAUGAGACAACACAAGAUUGACAUGAACUGGCGAUGUGGAGAAAUCAAGCCUCCAAAGGUGCUCAAAGGCCACGACGAUCAUGUAAUUACCUGUCUGCAGUUUUGUGGCAAUCGAAUCGUCAGCGGGUCUGAUGACAAUACAUUAAAAGUGUGGUCAGCAGUCACUGGUGAGUGUGUUCAGACACUAGUUGGUCACACUGGCGGAGUUUGGUCAUCUCAAAUGAGAGAUAAUAUUGUUAUCAGUGGUUCAACAGACAGGACGUUGAAGGUAUGGAAUGCUGACACUGGGGAAUGUAUCCAUACACUCUAUGGUCACACCUCUACUGUACGAUGUAUGCAUCUUUAUGGCAACAGGGUUGUCAGUGGUUCUCGAGAUGCCACACUCCGACUGUGGGACAUUGAGUCAGGACAAUGCCUCCAUGUCCUAAUGGGUCAUGUUGCGGCAGUGCGCUGUGUACAGUAUGAUGGCAAGAAGGUGGUAAGCGGAGCAUAUGAUUAUACAGUAAAGGUGUGGGAUCCCGAGUCAGAAACAUGUAUCCAUACUCUUCAGGGACAUACCAACAGAGUCUACUCAUUGCAGUUUGAUGGCAUUCACAUAGUCAGUGGCUCCUUGGAUACCUCUAUUCGAGUUUGGGAUGUAGAAAGUGGCAACUGCCUACAUACACUUAUGGGUCACCAAUCCCUUACAAGUGGAAUGGAAUUGAAAGACAACAUCCUUGUUUCAGGAAAUGCAGAUUCAACUGUAAAAAUCUGGGACAUCAAAACAGGACAGUGUUUGCAGACACUACAGGGCCCAAGUAAACACCAGAGUGCAGUAACUUGCCUACAGUUCAGCUCUAAGUUUGUGGUGACAAGUUCUGAUGAUGGGACAGUAAAACUCUGGGACUUGAAGACAGGUGAAUUUGUGCGCAACCUGGUGGCACUUGACAGUGGGGGAAGUGGUGGGGUGGUUUGGCGCAUCAGAGCAUCCAACACAAAGCUUGUUUGUGCAGUUGGCAGUCGAAAUGGGACAGAAGAGACAAAGCUACUGGUAUUAGACUUUGAUGUGGACAUGAAAUGACAUCUCAGGCUGAGACCAAGAUUUGCUUUUCCUGAAAUCACAACUGUGGUUACAGCAUUGCCAAAGAACCAAAGAACACAAGGCAGCUGAAUGGUGAAAGGAGGAUUCUUGUCUGGAGUUUGAGUAGAGUCCCAUGCAUAAGCUAGAUGCCUCAUCCAGGCUAAAACUUUCCUGUGUGAAUAUCAUUGUCAGAUACCUGCUUUGAUGUGCAAAUGGAAAGGCAGCUGAACCAGAGUAAGAGGAGACAACUUCCUGUGUAUCACUUGCCUGUAGAGAUGGCAUGCAGUUCUAAAAGGUGCUUUUGUGGAACACUGGCACUUGAUCAGUAUUUGAGUCAUAACCUGUUUCCUGAAUCCAAAGCAAGAUCUAAGUAUAGACUGUUGCCAACACCAUGUCAUGUAGAAAUGCUUUUUUAUUCUCUGUCCACAUUGCAGACCUUUUAGGUCUGUGGAAGAGCCAGUAGAAUUUUAGAAUGCCUUUGGUAUUGUGUAAGGAACAUUCCUCUGCUUGCCAAACAAAAAAAAAAAACAGUGUGAAAAACUAGAAAGUCCUGUAUAUAAGAGAUUUAUUUGUACAUAUAAAUAUGUAUGUAUUAUUCAGACUACAUAAAGGUCUGUCCAAAAUAUUUGUAAUAUUAUGUAAAGCAAGAUGGAAAAGACAAAAAGAAGCACGCUUAUAUUUAAGUAUGAAUGUGGGUGUUUGCGUGGCUUUGUGAAAGAAAGCAGUGUGACUGGCACUUUUCAGGCUGCAGUAUGUUACAUAAUGAACUUAGGUGUGAAAUUCACUGAUACUGUUCAUGAAACGCAUUUAAGUCUGUCUGUGAUAUUACAUAAAGUUAAGUGCAUGCAACUGUUUCUACUGAUUGUCCCUUCUGUCAGUGCUGUGGACCAUAGGUUUUCAAAGUCUAUCACAGUGAGACUCCUCAGACCUCUCAUAGUUAUUAAAAGAAAUGUUAUGGGCUUAUCCAUAGGAAAAAAAGAAACAUGAAACACUGUGCAGAAACAGACUGCCCCUCCCCAACCACCUCCACACCUGAAAUAAAAUGUGGCUUAGUACAUCCUUUGUUGAUGUGCAAUCAGUUUUGCAUAUUCACUGACUACUGUUCUGCUUUUAGUCCGGUCAUAUGUAAAGCUAAUACUGAAGGUAAUUUUUAAGUACAUGUCAUUUAUAGAGCUUAGAACUUGCCCGGGCGGGGGGGGACACCACCAGACUCUUGAUACCUGGCACAAGCUCUGGAAGGGGCAUAGGGUGCUACUUAAAAAAAAAAAAAAAAAAAAAAAAAAAAACAACAAAAAGAAUGUAAAUCAUUGCUUGCACUCAUUAAAUUGAGUUUCAGAGGUGUAGAUUCUGAAGAAUCAAAAGAUAUUUUUUUAUUAUUAUUUUGUUUUAUCUCUCAUUUCACCUCUAGGGAGAGAAACAGUAGAAAAUGAAUUUCACACAUGGAAAGAAGGCUGUAUACUGUAUAAUAUAAUCUACUGUAUAUUUUCUUCUUCAGAAACAAAUUACUGUAGGCUGGACCUUACAAACAUCAGCAGUUCAUUAAAUGCUGUUGAGCCAAACCUGG